CGUGAUAGCUUCGCCGGUGCCGGAAAUGAGUGGUGUGGCGCCGGAAGCGGCCGGCAGAACGGCCCUCGUGGAGAAGACGGCGGCAUGGGGCAGUCAGGGCGGUCCCGGCACCAGAAGCGCGCGCGCGCCCAGGCUCAGCUCCGCAACCUCGAGGCCUACGCCGCGCAGCCGCACUCGUUCGUGUUCUCUCGGGGCCGCGCGGGUCGCGGCGUCCGGCAGCUCAGCCUGGACCUACGACGGGUGAUGGAGCCGCUCACUGCCAGCCGCCUGCAGGUACGAAAGAAAAAUUCUCUGAAGGAUUGUGUGGCAGUGGCUGGGCCCCUUGGGGUCACACAUUUCCUGAUCUUGAGCAAAACGGAGACCAGUAUCUACUUUAAGCUGAUUCGCCUCCCAGGAGGCCCCACCUUGACCUUCCAGAUCAACAAGUACACACUGGUGCGUGAUGUGGUCUCCUCACUGCGCCGGCACCGCAUGCACGAGCAACAGUUCACCCACCCGCCUCUCCUGGUGCUCAACAGCUUUGGCCCCCACGGCAUGCAUGUGAAGCUCAUGGCCACCAUGUUCCAGAACCUGUUCCCCUCCAUCAAUGUGCACAAGGUGAACCUGAACACCAUCAAGCGCUGCCUUCUCAUCAGUUACAACCCGGACUCCCAGGAGCUGGACUUCCGCCACUAUAGCAUCAAAGUUGUUCCUGUGGGUGCAAGUCGAGGGAUGAAGAAACUUCUCCAGGAGAAGUUCCCCAACAUGAGCCGUCUACAGGACAUCAGCGAGCUGCUGGCCACGGGCGCGGGGCUGUCGGAGAGCGAGGCAGAGCCCGAUGGCGAACACAACAUUACAGAGCUGCCCCAGGCUAUCGCGGGGCGCGGCAACAUGCGGGCCCAGCAGAGCGCCAUUCGGCUCACUGAGAUCGGGCCUCGGAUGACACUGCAGCUUAUCAAGAUCCAGGAGGGUGUCGGGGAGGGGAACGUGCUGUUCCACAGUUUCGUGCAUAAAACAGAGGAGGAGCUGCAGGCCAUCCUGGCAGCCAAGGAGGAGAAGCUGCGUCUCAAGGCCCAGAGGCAGGACCAGCAGGCCCAGAAUGUACAGAGGAAGCGGGAGCAGCGAGAGGCCCACAAGAAGAAGAGCCUGGCGGGCAUGAAACGAUCACAGGCAGAGGCUGAUGGGGACAGCGAUGCUGAAGACCCUGGGGCCCCCCCUGAGGCAGAGGGGGCCGGCCAGCAGGAGGAGGAGGAUGAAGCCGAGUAUUUCCGCCAGGCAGUGGGCGAGGAGCCUGAUGAAGACAUGUUCCCAAAGGCCCGACGGAGACGACCCAACGGGCCUCCAAGCAAGAAGCGGCGGGUAAAGGAGCGGAAGCUGGACCGAGGCAGUGACCGGAGGCCUCCAAAGGCAAAGGGCAAACCCUGGAGGGCCCAGGCCAAGCUGGGGCCCCGAGGGGCUGCUCAGAACAGUGGGCGAGGCCGACCUCGGCCACCUAAGUGAGUGGCCUGAGGCCAAGCCUAAGCCGAGGAUGGAAUGCCCCAGAUUGGGGCCCGAGAGAUGCUGCCCUGGGCUCUGGCCCAGGUGUCCAGGUGCAUCCCUGUUUCCUUUCAUAAAGGAGCUGGUUCCCCAACCGCCUACUCUAAUAAACACUGAUUUCUCAUGAA